CAGAUAUGGACGCCAAGACACACCGAUUUGGGAGACAUCCGCAGCACAUGCAAAAAAUGCUUCUCUUAAACCACAAAGAAGAGCAAGCUCUGGAGAGACGGCUGGAUGACAUCGCCCGAUGUAGCAGGGAGAGGGAGACAGAAAUUGAGAUAGAAAAAUCCGACUUGAGGAACCAAUUGCGCGACAUUCGUAGACAGUUCAGUUACUGUGAGCCACUGUUUGGUGAGCUUAUUACAAAUUAGCUCUAACAGUCUUACGAUUGGUGGAUGUUAUAUAGUGGCGCGACGCUGCCACCAUCGUAUUUUUUAGGCCUCGUGUUACUGUAGUGAAAUAAUGUUAGAUAAAUAUCUCAACUAAAAAAAUAUUAUUUAAAAAAAAAAAAAUAAAUAAAUAAAUAAACAGUCGUGGAAUCUACUAAUUCAAUUUAUAUCAGUUAUUUUAGCUAAUCAAAUAUAGAGCUUGAAAUAUUAGAAAACAGAUUUUUGUUUAAAUGAAUAGCUGUAUAUUUGUUUUUCAGAGAAAGUUCCAAGAUCAACAGACACCAUCAACGGCGUGACUAUGUACCUGCUCCAGGAAUAUGAAGCAUGCGCGCGGGUAAUUCCUGGCAUUUUACAUGACUUAGAUAAAAUUCUACAGGAAAAAACCUGUUCAUUUUUAGAAAAGCGCUCAGCACUCAACACCCAAACCGCUAAAAGAGGUCAAUCAAAAAAUGCCCGUUGGUGUUGGCCCAGGAUUGAGAGAAGUAAAACGACAAAAAUUCGCCAAGUUCUAAGGUGCACCGAAUUCUCAGAAGAACUCGCCACCGUCAAAGCGAACGAUAGACCGGAUGUCGCCAAGUUGGUCGGACUGACAAAAGAAGUGACUCAACUCAGAAAUGAAAUGAAUGCCAAUAAAAGACUAAAACUUAUGGGGCCACACAGAACACUUGAAACUCUGAUCAGCGAGCUUCGGUUACGAAAUUGCAAUGUGCAAGGUGAAUAUGACAGGUUUACAAAUGGGACCUGCGUUCUACUUAGGCGGAAGAUGGAAAAAAUGCAAAGGAAAUUGAAAGGGAGGGAAGUUAGCUUUAUACCAAGACGCCAUGGGGUCAAGGAUUCGAAUUAAUAAAACGAGCAGCAAAGGAUGAACCACAUGGGACUGAAGUGACACUACGUGAUAUAAAGACACUACAUGAUAUGAAGACACUACGUGUUAUGAAGACACUACGUCGUAUGAAGACACUACGUGUUAUGAAGACACUACGUGAUAUGAAGACACUACAUGUUAUGAAGACACUACGUGUUAUGAAGACACUACGUGUUAUGAAGACACUACGUGUUAUGAAGACACUACGUGAUAUGAAGACACUACGUGAUAUGAAGACACUACGUGAUAUGAAGAAGUUUUCUCCUUGUCUUGUAAAGAGUACGUCCACCAUAUUAUAUGUAAACUGUAACAGCAACUUUGUCUAGCAGUCCGUAUGCGCGCUUAGUUCUGCUAGAGAUGUUGCCGUGAAUAAGAUUCUCUACAAAUGAGAUGAUGGGACUUAAGGAAAAAAAAUCAUUAAGUUUAAGGUCAAAACAAUCACGUUACGCAUGUUAUCUAUGUUCGUUUUCAAAUGAACUUAAAUUGAAUUUUAUGUCAUGCAAGGAGUUAUACGACAUUAGAAUAUAGACUAUUAUAUGGCAUUAGAAUACAUACCAUUAUAUGACAUUAGAAUAUAGACCAUUAUAUGACAUUGGAAUAUAGACCAUUAUAUGACAUUAGAAAAAGAGACCAUUAUAUGACAUUAAAAUAUAGACCAUUAUAUGACAUUAUAAUAUAGUCCAUUUGGAACAUUAGACUAAAAGACAUUCAUGUUACAUGAGACUAAUGACUUUUGGCAAGAUUAGACCAAACCUUGUGUAGGAUAUUAGAUGAAAGAAUAUAAUUAAGUUACAUUACAAUAAAGACUAUUAUGUGAUAUUUGACUAUGCUACACUCAAUUGGAUUGCACAGAAUCACCCCUAGUAUUUGAAUAUGUGAGCUGCAUAUAGUAUGUCACCUUGUACAGCCAACUGUAAUGCUCGACAUGUACAAUAUUAUGAAAUGGAUUGGAGUUGAAAGGGUUGGGGGGGGGGCCAUGUGGGUUUGAUGUGAAGUAUGUAGAGAUAAGGGGAGAAACCAUGGUUACAUUGUUGUAGAUGACCUUUGAUUCAGUCCUGGAUU